CGUCCUCACGUUCAAAAAUCAAGGAUUGACAGCAUGGAGAGUCCUCAUGAGCAUCAGCAGAAUCUGCUGCUUUCACGAAUCAUCACCAACGUGGAGAAGCUUAACGAGGCUGUCAUGCUGUUAAACAAGAGUCUUCAAGAGAUCAACAUCCAGAACAUGAACGUCGAGUUGGUUGCCCAGAUGUUCAAGAACUACCAAUCAAGCGUCCUGUUUCAUCUUACCGAAACUGGUGGUCUCCAAGAUCCGUCCUGAUGGAUCCAUGAAAGCAGCGGAUGAAUUCGAGAGUUUGGAGUUCUGGGAGGGCCUGACAGGGACUAGGCCUCGUCAUGAUAAUGCAUCUUAUACUACCUAGAGAUGAUUAAUGAGAGAAGAAACUUUUUAUGUCUGGAUCCAAAGAGUGAAGGAUCACAAUUACUGCUGUGUGUAAGCUUAUUUCAAUCGAGCUUAUGACUAUUUCCUGC